AUGGACAGUAGCAAUCAGUUCUGGCAAUUUAGCGAUAAUCUGCGUUUACAGACGAACAAUUUGGCAAAUCUGUCGCUGAAUGAUUCGAUAUGGAGCACCAACUACACCUCUAAGCGGCCGGUGGAGGAGCGGCAGAACUUUGAUAUAAGAGUCGGCGGGGAGUUGAAUUCAGUCAAUUUGAUCAAUCCAGGGUCUGUCGGUCUGAACGGUGGGUUCAAUAAAGGAAUUUAUUCGAGCCCAUCACUGAAUUUCAAUAAAUUCAACAAGGGCAAGAAUGUUCAUAAUACUAAUGUGGUGGUGAAUGGGAAAGCGAAUAAGGGAGGCAAAAAUGAUGAGGAAAAUGGGCACAGCUCUCAUGGCGGAGGAAAAAUUGGGAAGAAAAAUAAGAACAAUAAGGAUAAUACUAAUAAUAAUAACAAUGGUGAGAACAAAAGUGCUUCAGACAAGAGAUUCAAGACUUUGCCUCCCUCCGAAUCGUUGCCGAGAAAUGAAACUGUUGGUGGCUAUAUUUUUGUCUGCAAUAAUGAUACAAUGCAAGAGAAUCUCAAUCGCCAGCUCUUUGGUUUGCCUCCUCGCUACAGAGAUUCAGUCCGAGCAAUAACUCCAGGAUUGCCUCUCUUCCUCUACAACUACUCAACCCACCAACUCCAUGGAAUUUUUGAGGCUGCAAGCUUUGGUGGCACAAAUAUUGAUCCAACAGCUUGGGAGGACAAGAAAAACCCUGGGGAAUCGCGCUUCCCGGCUCAGGUUCGCGUGGUAACAAGGAAGGUUUAUGAGCCUUUGGAAGAGGACUCUUUCAGACCAAUUCUACACCACUAUGAUGGUCCUAAGUUUCGGCUUGAACUGAAUGUACCCGAGGCGAUCUCCCUUUUGGACAUUUUUGCAGAAAAUGAUCCUUGA